GUAAGCAGACUUAAAAAAUGUUUAGACUAUGAUGUACUAUAAAGAAAGAAAUCACAUCUGUCUAGUUAAUUCACCCCAACAAUUCUAUUACAGAGAAUAAAUUAAACUUCUGUGACUUCUUUGUUUUGAAAUCCACAGAACAUUCGUUUAGCUAAGAGGAUCCAAACUGUGGAGAAGAACAGAAAGAACACUCUGGGUUAUAAAAGCAGGAAGAACCCAGGUUUCCCAGUGAUUCAGACGGGCACCAUGCUGCUGCUACUGGCCCUGGUGAGUGUGGCCCUGGCUCAUGCUUCUGAGGAGAACUUUGAUGGCAACCGGGUGUUCCGUGUCAGUGUACAUGAUGAAGAUCAAGUCAACUUAAUUCAGGAACUAGCCAACACCAAACAGAUUGAUUUCUGGAAACCAGAUUCUGCUACACAAGUGAAACCUCUUACUACAGUUGACUUUCAUGUUAAAGCAGAAGAUGUUGUUGAUGUGGAGAACUUUCUAGAGGAGAAUGAAGUUCACUAUGAGGUAUUGAUAAGCAACGUGAAAUAUGUUCUGGAAUCCCAGUUUGAUAGCCACACCCGUGCAAGUGGACACAGCUACACCAAGUACAACAAGUGGGAAACGAUAGAGGCAUGGAUUCAACAAAUUGCCACUGAUAAUCCAGACCUUGUUUCUCAGAGCGUCAUUGGAACCACAUUUGAAGGACGUAACAUGUAUGUUCUCAAGAUUGGCACACCUAGACCAAAUAAGCCUGCCUUCUUCAUCGACUGUGGUUUCCACGCAAGAGAGUGGAUUUCUCCUGCAUUCUGUCAGUGGUUUGUGAGAGAGGCUGUCCGUACCUAUAAACAAGAGAUCCACAUGAAACGGCUUCUUGAUGAACUGGACUUUUAUGUUCUGCCUGUGGUCAACAUUGAUGGCUAUGUCUACACAUGGACUAAGGACCGAAUGUGGAGAAAAACCCGUUCUACUAUGGCUGGAAGUUCCUGCUUUGGUGUAGACCCCAACAGAAAUUUUGAUGCUGGCUGGUGUGAAGUGGGAGCUUCUCGGAGUCCUUGCUCUGACACUUACUGUGGACCAACUCCAGAGUCAGAAAAAGAGACCAAGGCCCUGGCAGAUUUCAUCCGCAAUAACCUCUCCUCCAUCAAGGCCUACCUGACGGUCCACUCAUACUCACAGAUGAUGCUCUAUCCUUACUCCUAUGACUAUAAGCUGCCGGAGAACUAUGAGGAAUUGAAUGCCCUGGUGAAAGGUGCGGCAAAGGAGCUUUCCACUCUGCAUGGCACCAAGUACACAUAUGGCCCAGGAGCUACAACGAUCUAUCCUGCUGCUGGGGGAUCUGACGACUGGGCUUAUGAUCAGGGAAUCAAAUAUUCUUUUACUUUUGAACUCCGGGAUAAAGGCUUCUAUGGCUUUCUGCUUCCUGAGUCUCAGAUCCGCCAAACCUGUGAGGAGACAAUGCUUGCAGUCAAGUAUAUUGCCAAUUAUGUCCUAGAUCAUCCAUAUUAG